AGCGCUGUUCCAAAAACGCCUUUUCGCCCAGCCAAUCGGAAUGUCCGAGGAAGUGACGUCAGCUUCCUGUGGCACCUUUCUUGGAGUGGAUUCCCGAGCUAUUCGGAAGGCAAGUUAAGAUGGCGGGCAGUUUUAAGCUGGAAAAGCUUUUGGAUUGUAUAAGAGAACACGAGUUCCUCUUUAAUAAGAGGCACCCUGAUUUCAAAAACUCUCUUUUGAAAGACGAAACGUGGACGAAGAUCGGAGAGGUGUGUGGGAUCAGCGGCAAGCAAUGUGCCAGUAAAUUCAAAAACGCAAAAGAUAAAUAUAAGAAGACCCUCCAAGCGUUACAUGAGAGAUCGAGGAGCGGAGCAGGGGCCAAAGAAGUCAAGAAAGUUACAUGGCCCCAUUUCAACUUGAUGCACAGCGUGCUUGGCCCGUUUACGGACGAUGCGCCAAUAAUUUCAAAUGUCGAGGUAGCUGCAGACCUCCAGAGCUCAAGUUCACAGUGCUCAUCACCACUGCAAAGUUCACAAGGAGAGGCUGAAACAGAAUUGGCAGUUGACACUGACAUGGCAGAUGAUCCUGUGUCCUUCAUUGAGGAAACACCACCUCAAGCAAAAAGGCCAAAGCUAUCGAGAAGCAAGGAUUCUAAAGAGUGAGUACAGAAUUCCUACGCAAAGAGAAAAUACAUAAAAUAACAAAGAAAUAUGGUUCCAGGGGAAACAAAUACGAUGACACAAUGAAGCUCUGUUUGGAAAACUUGAAGGACCUUCAGGAAAGCCGGAAGAAAGCUGAUGGGCCAACAGACGACAUAUAUGUGCAGUGCAUGGCCAUUGCAGUGAAGAUCCGUGGUCUGCAUAAAGAUGACCAAGAAGAUGCAUUACAUGAAAUUGAAGAGGUCAUAUACAGGUACCAAAAAAAAACACGAAGUGCGAGGAAUCAAGGUGCCGACUAUUUUUUCUAACAAUCAAAGUGUUAUAUUCAUUUUGACCAACUGUCACAUGGUCACAAUCAGUUACACAGCACUCAGGCUGUGCAAAGCAGUGUACGGUAGAAUACUUUCGCCAUAGGAUAUAUAAUACAUUUUUGG